GAAAGUUGCAGUAUUUUGUGGAAUUUGUGCAAAAAGACGUGAAAGGUAAACGAUAGUGAUUUGUUUAGAUUUGAGUUAGUACAAAAGCCAUACAGCAUUUGCAUUCAAUUAGUGUUUACGGUAAUAUUAAAAAGUAUAAUUUUCAAUUAGUUCAAAAACUAGUGGAGAAUUGAUUUGCGGUGGCCAGCAGAGCUCAGAGCAAUCAUGGUUACAAUUGGCGAAGCCUUUUCACCGGUCGAUGGGAUUGUUUAUUCAACUAGUGAUGUCAAGGUUAAAAUUGGGAACAAUAUCAUUACUUCCGUCGGAGAGUUGCAUCUUACGGAAUGUUCAUUGAUCUGGAGUUGUGAGGAACGGAACAGUAGCAUUUCAAUUCCGUGGCCCCGCGUUGGUGUACAGGCAAUCACUUCAAACCCAGACAAGUGUAUCUACCUAAUGCUGGAUAUCAACCUGACAUGGCCGGGGUUCUAUGAAGGCCGAGCGCAAAACAACGGCCAUGGUCCGGGAGAGGGGGAAGGCGAGGAAGACGAAAAUGAUGAAGGCCACGAGUCGGACGGAUCCGAGACUGAAAUGACUGAAAUGUGGUUGCUUCCUCCUACGCCGCAAAUUGUAGACGAGAUCUACAGUGCAAUGAGGGAAUGCCAGAGUUUAAAUCCAGACCCGGGUGCAGUAAGUGAAGACGAAGACUAUAUGGAAGCGGAAGAAGAUGAGCUCGGAGAAGUAGACGAUAUGCGGAAUCUUCAAUUGGACGAUAACCGUGAUUGUAAUUGCAGACGAGGAUAAAUUUGCCGACGCAGAGGAAUAAGUCGCGGCUUCGUUCUCAGUUCUCUAAAAUUAUGUUUGUUCAAAUGCGGAGGCAUCAACGCAUUACAAUUUCUUCAAGGAUGCUGCUGGGAUGGAUCAACCGCAAUGCGGAUUGACAUAAUUGUGUUAGGUUUAUGAAACAAUUCCAUGUUAAUCGACACGAAUCUGAAUAAUGUGAACACUGAAUAAUUUAAAAAUAAAGCCAUGAAGUGUAUACAACUAA